UCGAAAAUUUUAAAAAGUGGAGUUGUUCCGAUCCCUGGUGGACUGUGCACGAUGCAGAGUACAUUAAUAAUCUUACUUGCUUGCACAGCGUAUCUCGCUAAUGCGGGACCUGCUCCUCUGCAGGAAUUCAUUGGUCAGUAUUCGCGGUACAUUCAGGUAUAUGAUGAAGAUGGCAAUGCACACCAAGUAGACCUGGAGGCUGUACCUGAUCAUUCACUACUCAGUGAGGUCGCGAGAAAUCCGGCGAACAAUCAAUACAAUCUCUUCACCAGGCGCAACCCUACCGAGGCUCAAACUUUGGUGAUGAACAAACCCGAAACGAUCACGGAAUCAAACUUCAACCCUGAAUUGCCCACUAAAGUGAUAGUUCACGGAUGGCUCCGCAAUCAAAACCUCAAUAUAAACCCCACUAUCAGGGAAGCUUUCCUGGAAAAAAGCGACGUCAACGUCAUUGUAAUGGAAUGGCGACUCCUAGCUUUAUCUGACUACUCAACUGCCACCCUUGGAGUGCCCGCGGUAGGCCGUGCUCUGGGACAGUUCCUGAUAUUCCUUAACGACGUUACUGAAGCUCCUUUUGAUUCUAUGCAUCUGAUUGGAUUCAGCUUGGGCGCUCACCUGGUGGGCAACGCUGGUCGUGAAAUCGAAGGAAAAAUUGCUCGAAUUACGGCUCUGGACCCCGCUGGACCCUUAUGGAACGUCAACCCCGCUCGCCUUAGCUCCGAUGACGCCGUCUACGUCGAGGCCAUUCACACUGACGGCGGCAUCGAUGGACUUGGAAUUGGUUUCGCCAUCGCUGACGCCGACUUCUUCCCGAACGGCGGCAUGUCCCAACCAGGUUGUCUCUUGAACAUCUGCAACCACAAUCGUGCAUGGGAACUAUUUGCUGCGACCAUCACAUACAAUCAUUUGAUCGGAACGAGAUGCAAUAACGUCUUGCAAAUACAGCUGAAUACUUGCCGAGGACCACGACUUCAUAUGGGCAAUGAUAACCUGAAGAAGACUGGUUCUGGCAUGUACCGCUUGGACACAAGAUGGAGAUAUCCUUUCUAAAUGAUCUUAAAGAAUUUUAUAAAUGACGUAAACGAAAAUGGCUAUAUGAGCCAUCAUGCAGAAAAUAAAACAUCUUAGCUCUGAUAA